AUUCAGUAUUGUGAUUAAAAUUCAGAAAAUAAUUUUUUUUUACCUGGUCAAGUGAUACAAAUUAGUGGACAACACUUUUCCGCAUAAAGAGUUAAAUAAUGGGAAUAUUUCUAGAUUUGAUAGAAGCUAUACCUUAAAGGAGAACAAAUUCGCGUGUCAUGUGUAAGUUUUGUGAACAUCCGUAGAUUUCAUUUUGGUGUUGCCAUUUUAAACUUUAAUGAGUCAGGCUAGAGAAUAUUCCAAUCGAAAUUCUUUGGCCAGCAAAAAAAAAGAUUGGUCCUCUUCAUAAUCAACAAAAGUAUUUUCAAUUUUAAAGAUGUCAGAAGCUGAGACCGACAAUCUUGUUGCAACUUCAAACUCACUAAAUACACCUCGUACACAGCAUUCCCUAUCAAGAAAAGAAAUUGUUCAUGGAAUAGCAAAUAGAAUUAUAUAUUCAAGGUUUUAUACCUGGUUGUAUUUAGGAAUGGUUUUUUUGAGCGUGUUUUCUAUCAUUCUGUCCUUAACAAAUGAAUGUCAAACAACAGGCUUUCUCAUUCUUGAAGUUAUAAUUAACACAGUAAUGAUAGCUGAAGUUAUAACACGAUUCUUAGCAUUAGGAAAGUUAUUCUGGAAGUCUAUAUUUAAUACAAUCGAUAUAAUUCUUGUAAUUUUAUGUAUAACUACAUUACUAUUUAUUAUUGAUGGCGGAUGUUCUCAUAAAGGUGAAGAAGUAUUUGAUUUAGUUUUAUUAGUUUUGAGAAAUAUUAUACAAAUUGGAAGAUUAUUAGUAGUGCUAAGAAAAAACAAGAGGAAUAUAAAGGCUCGUAAUGCGACAGUAGAUUUCAAUAAUAUUAGAGAUUCAAGUGCCUCAGUGGAUAUUGAUUCGGCGGACCAUGGAGUAUAUUUUUUGAAUGUUGAAGAUGAAGAUGACACGUUUUGAUUGCAUAAAAAAGAUUUUUACUGUCUACUUCAUUUGUAUUAUUUGUUCUUUUUUCAAUUGUUGACAUUUUCCUCAUUUUAUAAUAUUUUCUUUUUUAUAAAAACAAAUAAACAUUAUAAUAUUUAAUAGAUUUU